AUGGCUCUGAAACCCUCUCACCUAGCCUUAAUGGCUUUGACUUUUUUCUCUUCCGCUCCUCUUGCUGUUUCACAGAACACUCCGAAUGAGAACUUGGUCUUGGCCGAUUGUGGCAUCGGUCUCGGCGUGAAUGGCGGCUCAACCUCCCGCGAGGUCAUGUACUACAACGGCGACGUCUGGACGGGCCAAGGAGACAAUACCUACAAGCCAACCAUGAUGAUCAAUAUACCAUGGUCUGGCCAUUAUCCUUGGACGCAGCAGGGGGGGCUUGGAUUUACCUUGCCGAAUGGCGACGAGUUUGCUGUUCUUAUCGACGAAAACGUCAAGGACCCUAACAAGUCGGGACUGGCUCACCAUUCUUUUGAGCCUAAGCAUGACCUUACAUGCUACUCGUACCACCGUGAUAGAGUGUUCCAGUUGGCCGAUGGCAAGUGGUGUUCAAGCGCCUACGUCUGUAAUCACCAGCAAGGUAGUGCUUACAAAAGCCCCAACGACCCGAAGCCCGAUCCUCCAAAACCUCAGCCCCAAGAAAUAGAGAUUCAUGGCUCCGUUAACAAGGACACGGUGGAAAUCUACAACAUUCCAGCCAGCAAGAUCAUGAAUACCGCCAGAAAAGCGUUUCUCAAGGAUAGCUACAUGUGCGACACUACCAAGCAAGCCAUCAACGGCAAGUGUACUAUCAGUUGGAAAUGCCAGGGUGACCCAGCCACCGAGGCUCUCGAAAAGAUGGCUCAAGUCUUCGAUGAAUUGGCAACCAAUAAGGACUUUUCGUCCGAGCGAGAGGUGGUCACAGAGGUCUGCAGGCAGCCCGAUACGCGACCGGGCCAUGAGGGCCAGUGCCGGCUGUAUGAGCAGAAGGUUGACAAGUACUACAAGAUGCCUGGUAGCAUGGACCUCACUAUGCGCAACAAGGCAAGGCCUGAGACAGGAGAGAAUUCUAGCGUCCAUGGGACUCUGGAGUAUCAAAUUGAGUGCGAGACUAGUGCGUGGGACUGCUUCUUUUGUAACUCUGGUGGAAUCAUCCUGAGUGCCCAGUGGCCUUGGAUUGGCGCUCCUGUCUUGAUCAAAUGCCUCAAGUGUUAG